AUGGGGGCCUUCGUUCUGCGCUCGCUCGGCAUCAUUACUCCUUCGGCAAUGCCCGGCCCAAAACUGUCUCUGCUCAAGUGUAAGCUCCUGCUCGCAGACCCGACCUUCCACCGACCAGGCCGGAUCGACGUCGUGAUAGGGGCAGACAUCUACCACCGCAUCAUCAGAACCGGCACGAGGAGAUUCGGACAGCUUGUCGCCCAGAACACGUCGUUCGGCUGGACCGUGAUGGGCUCCGCUCACUUCAAACAGGCAAUUCAGCGCUUCUGGGAUCUCGAGGAAGUGCCGGUCGCGAGGAGGAUCUCCACGGCUGACCAAGAGUGCGAAGCGAUCUACGCGCGAGGCGUUCGUCGCGAGACAAGCGGACGAUACGUCGUUCGGCUGCCGCUGAAGCCCGAACGCGCCACCUUGCUCGGUGACAGCCUACUCCAUGCCCGCUCCGCCCUCUUCUCUAUGCAGAGGCGAAUGCUCGCCGACCCAACGCUGCGCGAGAGUUACCAGGAGUUCAUGGAGGAGUACGUUCGACUGGACCACAUAAGAUUACUCUCGGAGUCGGAACUUCAGGAGAACAGAAGCACCGUCUACUACGUUACGCACCACGGCAUCUGGCAGCGCAGCGACAGCGGCCCUAAGCUCAGGAUCGUCUUCAACGCCUCUCGAGCCACCUCUUCCGGAAUCAGUCUCAACGACGCCCUCCAUGCCGGCCCAAAACUGCAAGGGCACAUCUCCACCAUACUAACCCGCUGGAGGAGGCACCGAUACGUCUUCUGCGCAGACGUGCAGAAGAUGUUUCGUCAAGUACUCAUAGACGACCGAGACAUCCACCUUCAGCGCAUCGUCUGGAGCCCCACCGCCGGCCUGCCGCUGCAGCACUACGCCCUACGCACGGUCACCUACGGCACCGCUUGCGCACCCUACUUGGCCUUGCGCACGAUGAAACAGCUAAGCGACGACGAGGGCGAAAAGUUCCCGCUCGCACGAGAGGUUUUACAGCAAGACCUUUACAUGGACGACUUCCUGAGCGGCGGCCAUGAUCUAGACACCACCGAGAAUAUCAGAGACCAACUCAUCGGCCUCCUCGCUGCGGGCGGGUUCCACCUGCGCAAAUGGGUAGCCAACGACCCUGCUCUCCUCGAGGAGAUCUCCCCCGACGAUCGAAUCCGGCCCAGCUGGGUACAGCUGUUUGCCGAGGGGCCGGUCCGAGAGCUCGGCGUGGCCUGGGACCCGGUGGAGGAUAAUUUCAAAUUCGGCCCCGGCAACCCCGAGACAUCUCCCCGGCUCACCAACAGGACAGCGCUGGCAGAACUUGCCGGGAUCUUUGACCCCGUCGGCUGGCUCACACCGCUUACUCUCGUGGCCAAGCUUCUCAUCCAGGACAUGUGGCGAGCCAAGCUAUAUUGGGACGAGGAUCUGCCCAAGGUUUGGACCGACAACCGCUGGAUUAGCCAUUUCCCCGGCCAGGAGCUCCAGCUCCACGCAUUCUCAGAUGCAAGUCGCCGAGUCUUAGCCGCCGUGGUCUACUCUCGAGCGGCCGAGAACGGCGGGCGAGGAUUCACGACCAUCAUCGGCGCCAAGUCCAAGCUGGCUUCGAUCAAGAGCCUUAUGCCGGCUUCCGAAAAGCGCGCCAGAAUGACGAUCCCACGCCUGGAGCUGAGAGCCACGCUCAUCGCGGCGCAGCUCUUAAGGAACGCCGCAGCCGCCCUCUCCGUUCCACUGACGAGCUGCCAUCUGUGGAGCGACUCCCAGGUGGCUCUUCACUGGCUACACUCGGACAGCCCAGUCGGUCAUGACCUCAUUGACAACUACGUGGCACACAUUCAGGAACUCGCUGAGGGAGUUGCCUUCCAUCACGUGCCAACCGAUUGCAAUCCCGCAGACGUCGCCACCCGCGGGAUAGACGCCACCCAGCUGGCUCACCACCCUCUCUGGUGGAAAGGUCCCGCCUGGCUCCCUCGUCCGACGAGCGAGUGGCCCAAGGAGGAGGAAACAGUCCCUCUCGCGACCACGUCGCCAUGCCUCAUCGCAGCUUGUGCGAAGAUCACUACCGAAACGGACUACAUUGAGAGGUUCUCGUCGCUGGGCGCUCUUCUGAGAGGCACGGCCCGGGCCAUUCGCAUCCUGAGAUGCCAAGAAGGCCUUCUCGCACCGGUUACCGCCAAUGAGCUCCGGCAUGCCUUCGUCGUCUGCGCCAAGAUCUCGCAGCGUAGACAUUUCGCCGAAGAGUUAGCUCGUCUCAGUAAAGACGGCUCUCUGCAAGGAUGCCACCAACUCAAGUCGCUGGAGCCUUUCAUCAGUGGCGACGGGGCAGUGCACCUGGAGCUCGUCAGCGACCUCACCACAGCCAGUUUUCUAGGAGCCUUUACUUGGUUUGUCGGGAGGCGUGGGAGACCAGCUGAAGUUUGGAGUGACAAUGGCACCAACUUUCGAGGAGCUGCAUUGGAGCUGAGACGUCUGUUCCGAGAGGCCGAAAUCGACUGGGGCUUCGUAGAGGGCGAACUCGCCAAGGACGGAACUUCGUGGAAAUUCAUUCCGCCCUCGGCACCGCACUUCGGGGGGCUGUGGGAGGCCGGUGUCAAGUCAAUGAAGAGACACUUGAUGCGGGUGGCCUCUCCUCGCCGCCUCACUUACGAGGAGCUCACCACUCUUCUAGUUUCCAUCGAAGCUACUCUGAACAGCCGCCCGCUUAUUCCGCCUGCUGGUGACCUCGAUGACAUCGAGGCCCUCACUCCUAGUCACUUCCUCAUCGGGACUUUAGCCACCUCUUAUCCUCAGAUUAGCAGUGCCGGCCAGCCCCUAGAUAGAGCUAGUCAUUGGGAGCUCGUUCAGUCCAUGAGGAGCCACUUCUGGGCCCGCUGGAGUCGGGAGUACCUGAAUACACUCCUCCAGAGGUCAAAAUGGAAAUCUCCUCAGCCUAACCUCGAAGUCGGAGAUUUUGUCAUCCUCCUCGACCCCACUCUGCUUCGACCGGACGGCUGA